AUGUUUUCAGGGUUCAACUCAUUUGGUAGUGGCUAUGUCAAUAUACCGCAGAAAUAUGAGGAUUUCUUCAGAUGCUACCCUAUUGCGAUGAUGAACGAUCGCAUCCGUAAAGAUGAUGCCAACUUUGGCGGGAAGAUAUUUUUACCAUCCAGUGCAUUGAAUAAAUUAUCUAUGCUAAAUGUAAGGUACCCAAUGCUGUUCGAGCUAACUGCGAGCGAGAACGGUCGAGUGACGCACGGAGGUGUUCUGGAGUUUACUGCGGAAGAAGGUCGGGCGUAUUUACCGCAAUGGAUGCUGGCGACUUUAGGUGUACAGCCUGGCUCUCUGUUGAAGAUAGGGUCUGUUGAUCUGCCACUAGGUAAGUUCGUGAAGAUAGAGCCUCAAUCUGUGGACUUCCUUGAUAUAUCAGAUCCGAAAGCUGUCCUUGAACACGUUUUGCGUAAGUUCUCCACUCUCACAGAAAAUGAUGUGAUUGAAAUAAGCUACAACGAGAAAAUAUAUAAGAUCAAAAUUUUGGAGACAAAACCAGAGACAGAUGCUAAAGGUAUAUGCGUAAUCGAAACUGACUUGGUAACGGAUUUCGCGCCCCCCGUAGGUUACGUUGAACCAGAUUAUAAAGCAUUACAGCAAAAGCAGCAAGACGAGCUCGCAGACCGUAAGAAACAUCAACAAAUCGAUCCAGCCGCUCAUGGUGAGGGCACAAUGUCCAAAAGAAUUCGCUACAAAGGUCUACUGAAGGAACCGAAUGAUGCUGGGUCAAAAUUUGUUGGUGAGGGCCAAAAGCUUUCAGGAAAAAGUAGCAAGAAGAAUGAUGAUAAAGGGUUAGACACAAGCAAAAUUGACCUAUCGUUGGAUGGGGAGCCAGCUCCGUUAAAUUUACCAGAUGGCCAACUGUUUUUCGGCUUCCCCAUAGUCUUGCCAAACGCGAAUGAUGCAAGUAAGGAAUCUGAUGUUCAGAAUACGUUCCAUGGGAAAGGUCAAUCUCUUAGGAAAAGUAACAAACGGAGAGACAAAGGUGAUCAUGCCAGCAUAAAGUCCAAAGCUCCUAGGAGUCCAGAAGUCAUCGAAAUUGACUAA